CACCCCGCCAGGUCGCAGCUCGGCUCCUGCGAGCUUCCGCCGAGACCGCCCCCCGGGAAGCCGUGUUUCCUUCCUGCAGUGGCGGCCCCGCGUGGGGCACGGAGGGGCUGGCGCGCCCAGAGGCUGCAGGCCUUCCCGAGGGCGCGCCCGCAGCGCGCUCCGCCCCGGAAACACGUCCCCUCCGCCUCGGCGCGCUUUCCAAACACUCGGGUGUCCUCGCUUCCCGCUGCUUAGGGAGCUUCGUUCUUGCCCGCCAAACCCGCAGCCACCUGGGCGCUGCGAUGAAGAGGACCCGCGAGGAGGUGGAUGCCACGCUGCUGAUCGCCAAGCUGGACGCGGCCGAGCUGCUGCCCGCCGUGCACUGCCUGAGCUUCGGCCCGGGGGCCAGCGGUGCUGCCGCCGGCGACUUCUGCCUGCUGGAGCUGGAGCCCACGCUGUGCCAGCAGCUGGAGGAUGGACACAGUCUGGUGAUUCGUGGUGAUAAAGACGAGCAAGCUGUGCUGUGCAGUAAAGACAAAACGUACGACUUGAAGAUAGCAGACACUUCCAAUAUGCUGCUUUUCAUUCCUGGUUGUAAAACGCCAGACCAGCUGAAGAAGGAAGAGGCGCACUGUAACAUUAUUCACACUGAGAUCUUUGGUUUUUCUAAUAAUUAUUGGGAAUUAAGAAGAUGUAGACCUAAGUUAAAGAAGCUAAAGAAACUUUUGAUGGAAAAUCCGUAUGAAGGACCUGACAGUCAAAAAGAGAAGGAUUCAAAUUGCUCAAAAUAUACAACUGAAGAUUUGCUUGAUCAAAUUCAGGCAAGUGAGGAAGAAAUAAUGACCCAAUUACAAGUUCUAAAUGCCUGUGAAAUUGGAGGUUAUUGGAGGAUUCUUGAAUUUGAUUAUGAGAUGAAACUUCUGAAUCAUGUAACUCAGCUUGUGGAUUCUGAAUCAUGGUCUUUUAGAAAAGUUCCUUUGAAUACAUGCCUUCAGGAACUUGGACCAUUGGAGCCAGAGGAAAUGAUAGAACACUGUCUUAAAUGUUAUGGGAAGAAAUAUGUAGAUGAAGGUGAAGUUUAUUUUGAGUUGGAUGCUGAUAAAAUAUGCAGAGCAACAGCACAUAUGCUGCUUCAGAAUGCGGUGAAAUUCAAUCUCGCUGAGUUUCAAGAAGUGUGGCAACAGAGUGUUCCUGAAGGAAUGAUCACUAGUCUUGAUCAGCUUAAGGGUUUAGCGCUGGUGGAUAGACACUCAAGACCAGAAAUCAUAUUUUUGCUGAAAGUAGAUGAUUUACCUGAGGAUGAUCAGGGACGUUUUAAUAGUCUUUUCUCUCUAAGGGAGAAGUGGACAGAAGAAGAUAUUGCUCCAUAUAUUCAAGAUUUGUGUGGAGAGAAGCAAACCAUAGGUGCAUUACUCACUAAAUAUUCUCGUUCUUCGAUGCAAAAUGGUGUUAAAGUUUAUAAUUCGAGAAGACCCAUUUCUUAAAAGAACAACAGUCUUUUCUUCGGGACUCAAGUUGCUUUAUAAAGUUGCUGGAAACAAGAAAAAUAACUUGUACUUUAUUUCUGACUUUUAAAAACCUAGUCUUCUAAGGCAUUUUUUUCUCCUCAUCUUAAGCAUUUUGAAACUACUGUUAUUUCUUAAAUGUUAUAGGAUGUAGCUUUCCAAUUAUAUUUGUAGUAUGUACACAGUGUAAACAAGGGCAAAAGAAAGUAUUAUUUCCUGUAUUUAGUAUGUCUGAGGUCUCUAUGGUUUACUUAAAGUUUGGUUUUUUAUAUUUAAAAUGCCAUUUCUUCAAUUAGGAUUUGAUAUUCUAAUCAUUAAAACAUUGAAGUUUUUCAGAUAACUAAAUAGUAAUAGUUUCAUAAAAGAGACUUAUUUAUUCACUUAAAUAUCAUUUCUCAAGUGAGUUCCCCUCUACUUUUAGCCUUCCACCAAAACUGGCAGUCACUAGGUACUAUCAGUUAUUUAUAUUCUUAGUUUACAUUCAUGAAACUGGCUGAAUAAUUACUCCUCUGUUUGCCUGGCAUAGACAUGCACUUUGGAAAAAAAUGGGUUUAUAAUUCUAUAAUGAAAAAUACUGGCACAGGUAUGCUCACUUGAAAACUUCAGGUAAUUUCUAGUGGGUUUUGGAAUGCUGGCUAAAGUUCCUUUAUAGCUUUGUUUGCCCCAUUUGUUUUGGUUUGGAUCGAAGUUCAAAUUAAUUUUAACGUAGUUAAUGAACCUGUUACCAGGACAGUUGGAGGGGGUAGGCCAAGGUUAAAUGGUCCAAGUUUCAAAAAUGUUAAUUUAUAAUCCAUAAUUAAGCAAGAUUUAACUGUUAUAGAAAUUUACAAGUUUUAUUCUCACAAACAUGAAAUAUGACACAAUG